UAUAGUACAUCAUCUGACCGUGUAGAAAAGAAAGAAAGACAAAAGGAGCACGCCUGGAUUCUCACUGAUCUGUGUGAUCUGUAGCUUACCGUUUAUAUUCACACUCCUCUUACUUUUGACUUCUGUGAUUUACUGUAACGGAGGAGUCGUUGUCUCCGGCAUGUUGUCGAUAAUUGUGGUUUUACUGGUGAAUCUCCUCAUAGAGACUUCAGUGUCGUUGACUGUGGUGGUUCCUGAUGAUCCUAUAGAGGCUCAUGUGGGAUCCACAGUGAUUCUUCCCUGCUGGAUCUCUCCUCCUGAGAACGCUGGAGCUCUGGAGAUCCGCUGGUACCGUCAGGAUCAGUUCAACAACCCUGUUCUCCUCUAUAAUCAUGGGAAGAUCCAGGACAUCCAGGAGGAAUCGUACAGGAACCGAAGCUCUCUGACUCUGCGGUCAGAUCAGUCUGGUGGACUGAAGGAUGGAGAUGUCUCUCUACAGCUGGAGAAACUUGGAGUACAAGAUGAUGGUUCAUUUCAAUGUUAUGUGAGCGGAGAAAAUUCAUAUGACAGUGAAGAGGUGACUCUCAAAAUCUCUGCUUCAGGAUCCACUCCUGUCCUGUCUCCAAAGUCUCUAGAUGAUGGGCGUGUGAACAUCAGCUGCAGGUCCAGCGGCUGGUAUCCAGAGCCCAGUGUCUCCUGGACGUCAGAUGAAGGAAGGGUUCUCCGUCCUGGAGGAACGUCUCACACUCGUGGAGCAGAUGAGAUGAUAUCUACCCACAGCUGGACGACCGUCUCUCUCUCAGACGCUCAACUGGUCUCAUGUUCAGUCUCUCUCAGAACUGGAGAAUUAAAAGAAGGAAAACUGAACAUACAGGGCAUCGUGUCUUCAGGUCCAUGGAAGGCUCUCUUCCUCACUUUUCUCAUCUAUGCUCUUCUGAGUUCAGUUGGGUUCAUUCUUUACAAAUACAGAGAGAAACUAAGAGGGAAGAAAACAGUAAAUAAAACAAAUUCAGAAGAACCAAAGAAAGACCAAGACUGUGAGGGGGGAACUCUGGAGAACAAGAAAAAAGAAGUUUGUGAGGAUGAAACUAUGGACAGACUGACAAAAGAAGAAGAACCAAAGAAAGAACCAGACUGUGAGGAGGGAACUCUGGAGAAAUGGAGAAAAGAAGUUGUGGAAGACAUCAAUAUAGAGGAACUGAGGAAACAUGCAGUUGAGAUCACUAUUGACCGUAAGCAUUCACAUCCACGUCUGAUUGUUUCUGAGGACUCUAAAAUGGUGAAGGAUCCUCCAGGAUAUAAACACACUCUAGAGGUAUUUCCAUAUCCAUUACAUGCUUUUGGAGCCCAAAGAUUCUCCUCUGGUCGUCACUAUUGGGAAGUAGAGCUGAAACAAGCAAAUUCACCUCCUAAAAACUUUUGGAUAAUUGGUGUGGAAGAGAGAAAUUUGACUAAAAGAAAAAGGUUCUUGUGUUCAGACGGUCCUCGUGGCUUUUACACCAACACUGAUCCACCAGUUAAACUCUCUCUGACACCGAGACCUGAACGACUGGGAGUUCUGUUAGAUUAUGAUCACGGUCAGCUCUCAUUUUACAACGUCACAGAGAGAAAACAUCUCCUGACCAUCAGCAGCCGAUUCUCUGGAUCAGUCGUUCCUCUCUUCAAUCCUGGUGUUGGUGAUCAGAGCUUGCUUACAAUCCUGGAUCUUCCAAAACCAGUAGAACCAGCUGAACCCAGUCCUUUACUGAGUAACAUGGUAGCUGUAGAAACAGCUGUAAAGGCCAGUGAUAAUCCAGAAACUGAAGAACCAGUCGAAUCCAGUCCUUUACUGAGUAACACUGUAGCUGUAGAAUCAGCUGUAGAAUUAGAUGUAAAGUCCAGUGAUAAUCCAUAAACUGUAGGAUCAGCUGUAGAGACCAGACAGUCUUUAACAACAGCUCAGAAAGCCUGACUGACUAAUUCAGUUUAAACAAAUGGGUGAAUGUACAAUAAAAUAACAUCUUACAUUAACAAACUACAAAAGAUUUAUUAAGAUGUAGCAUGGUGCUGGGAACAUCAAGCUCAUGGGAUUGUUUCCCAGUAAUCAUGUGUACUUUUAAAACAUACAACUUGAACACAGCAUCAUCAGUUCAACCAAAAGUCAAUAUAUGACAACUUCAGAUGAUGUCAUCCAGUCUUACAACAUCACCAAGACUACAAAUAUGAAUCCAUACACACUAUAAUAAAUAAAAGUGGACUUCAAAUAAAGUUUUAAGAUACAAAUUUGUUUUAGAAGAUCAGCUUGAUUAGAAAAACAAAGUCUCAACACAAGAUGCCAAGACAGAACUAUAGGAAAAAACAUGAACCAACACCAUCAGCUAUAAAAUGAUCUAUCAUGGACACAAACAAAUAAAAAUCUCCUCCAGACACUCAUCCAGGUAUUUGAGGCUGCAGCUUGUUUCACGUCUCACAUCACACACCACAUCGCUCUCGCUCGCGCUCGCAUCAUUUAAAUGCAACUUCUGUCGUCUUGUACCUCAGUUAUUGACUGUAUUUACUGUAAAAUAAACCAGAGGACCGUUAAUAGCAAUAUUGUUGAAGUGUUUGUCCUGUUGCUAUAGAACAAUUGUUUUGUAUACUGUCAUGGAUUUAAGAUAAUAAAAAUCUAAGAUUU